AUCACCACCACUACUACCACUACCUCAUUCAAAAUGAAACGUCGUUCCCAAACGCAAGCCAAGCCCGCCAAACCCACAACGACAAGCUCAACACUCACCUCCCUCACCUCGCUAAUCCCAACCUCAACGUCAACAACCUCGACCACGUCCAACAACUCCAAUUCUUCCACUCCGACCCCAGCGCGCCUCUCUCACGCAAAACGUUCCCAGUCUUUAUCCCAUAUCCGCACUCCUGCCCCUCCUGCCCGACCGCGCUCCAACACGCCUAGCACACCGGGUUCUCUAGCCAGCUCGAAGCGUACCAAGCUUACCGAGUCUACUAAUCUACUGCGGACGACGUUACCGGAAGAACUGUUGCCGGGGGAGGAGGACUGGUAUGCUCGUGCCAAGGAGCUGGAGGCGGAGAACACGCGGCUCAAACUGCUAGAAGAGGAGAACACCAAGCUCAAAGCACUCGAGUCCCAGCUCACAAAGCUGCGUGCUCUUGAAACAGAGAAUUCGAAAUUGCAGUCCCUGGAGCCGCAGCUGGCGAAACUCCGCACGCUAGAAUCAGAGAACUCGAAGCUCCGUGCUCAGCUUAGCUUGCUCUCUCUGCGUCCAACACAAGCAGCACACGAGACGCUGCAAAAGGACUACUCUUCCCUCGAGAGUAUACUGGAAGGUACGCAGAGGGAGAACGUCCAUGCCGAAGAACAGAUCCGGUUCCUCCGGGAAAGACAGAAGAAGCUCGAAGAGGCACUGGAGAGGUUCGUCGGGCCCAGAUGGGCGGAUAUCGCUGAUGUUCCUCCGGUGUGUGCGGGCCCGGCGAGUAGGAGGCAGAGCAGGCUUUUGGGAGAAGAGACGGUAGCGGCCUUGAACAAGAUGGGGCUAAACGGGCCCGCACAAAGGGGCCUACCGACGCUAGAGGAAGCGAGCUUCGUUACCCGUGCAUCCUCUACCCGCGCGAAAACGGAACAAGAAGACACAACAGCAGGCGUGGACAUGGAUAUGGACGCGGACAAGUCCCAGUCGUUGACUCCUGUCGUCCAGCGUCUAGGGAGGAGUGCGAUCUCCACCGGCGGGGCGAGCGUCUCCGGCCUCUUGGACUUGUACGACCUCUCCCAGCCCUCGCUCCAUACCGAGACGGACACCGACGCUGGCGAAGCAUCGCUCUCGCGUCCUCUUUCCCGCGCUUCGGCAGUGUUGACAGCCAGCAUGCUUGGCCAACGUUUUGGCUCAGCACUGGAAGAAGAGCCUGCUUUCCAAGCUAUUGCACGGCGUGUGCGAGCGCUGGAGGCCGUUGUCCAGAAAUUUAUUGUUCGCACGAGACCGGAACAUGUGGGGGAGCUGUCGAUGGUCAGGGACGAGCUGGAGGUAGAGGGGCUGAUGGCGGAUCUUUGA